ACAAGCCUGACAAAACACAGCAGUCAUUACGAAUAUUACUGAGAAGUAAUAUUCACAGAGAUUCAUGCCCUGGACACCUACAGGGAGGUGUAAAAACCAGUGCUUUUCAAAAAGAGUAAAGUGAAGUUCAGCAAGGUUCAUGUUUCAGCAGCCAUUCCCACCUACCUGUCUGCUUUACCCCCAGCUCCUUGGCAUGGCUCCCCUCAUGUCUAGAAGGGAAAGGAACUCCCAACACAACAAAAGCCUAAUUCUAAUUUCUCCCUGUGUGCAUUGGUACAGAGAAGGUAUUUCGGAGCUGUUAAUUAAGUUCUUAUUUUUACAGACAUUCACACAAUGGAAUUUUUAAUUGCCAAGGACAAUUUGAGAGCUUUAAUUAGCGGUCAAAGCAUGAGAAGAGUCACAACACAUGGCAUGUCUUAUUUCACAAUGACAAUGAAAUAUUUCACAUCUCUUGAAAAUUACUUCAGCUGACGUCUGGGAAAGUUGGAAAAAAAAAAUCCUGGGGCUUUCUUCCAAAAUGUAACAUCAUACACAUGGUGUACAGCCAGCAAAACACUCAGGACAGCCCUCAGUCACUCAGUUGUGCCUCAGGAUGCAUCUUUGAAUUCUCUCAGUAACCUCUGUACUGCUGUUUAUCAACUGUUUCCGAAUUUGAAACAUUGCCUGGAUUGCCAGGAAGGACAAAGAGUAGGUAUGCCUCUCUUUUUGAAUUUAUUAUCUUUAUUAAAAAUUUUCUAUAUUUUAUCUUAAAAAAUAAUCUUUCUUGCUCUCAGUUCUGAUCUGUGCAGUCUAGUUAAGAUUUUCCCUUUCUUUUUCACCACAAAAGUAAUUCUGAAGUUCAGUAUUAGUUUAUGUGUAAAGCCAUUAUCCAUUUUACCUAAUUGCUCUAACUGGCUAAUGAGUAUUAGUAGUAAAAAGGGUGAUAGAUGCAUUGUGCAUGGAAAUUCAUCAAAAAUCAGAUCAAAGUAAAAAAAAAAUACGUCAUUAUUUAUAUAAAAGAUGACCGGAAUAUGUUAAGGACAGAAAUUGAAAACUAUUAAUGAGUCUAAUUUUCCAUUAGCACUAACUACUCCAAAAUGCUUACAGAAAUUACAUAAAAUAAAGUGCAUUUUCUAUCAAGAGAACAUUUGGAACUCUAAAUUUAUAAAAGGCUUGUGGUAGUGCUCAGACUUUGAUUAGUAGACUCUGGAGAAAUUUUUGCAAUUAAAAACUCUACAGAAUCCUCAGUUACUCUUACUAGCUGAACAAGAAUUUGGAUUUAGCUGUGAAUAAAAUCUAAGUUGCAAUGAAAAAUAAAACUUUGUGGCUCCAGCUGAGAGAUCAUGUCUGAAGUGUGCAGAGUGGCUGGCAUAAGCUGACAGCAAGAAGUCAUCAGGAAAAGGGUAAGCAAGGACAAUAAGCAUUUAUUUUUUAUCCUAUAUCUAAUAAAAUAAAUAAUUCUGUUUAGGUUUAACUGCUAUCUUUCUUCUACAUUAUUUUUGAAAUAUAAAGUUACAGAUUUUCUGCCAUUGCUCUCUCAUGCCUCAGCCAGCCUCCUGCUCCAACAGCAUUAGAUUUCUGCUGUCUCACAAAGAGCCGCUUUAAUGCUAAUUAGCCAUUUAUUUGCUGUAUGCAUUUUAGAUGUAGUUUUAGACCCUCCCAAGUUAUCUUCACUUGCGUGAGAGUUCUGUGAUCUACAGACAACACAUUGUCUGUUGUGAGGGAGAUCCAGGGAGCUGUGCUAACUUGAGUUGUAGCUCAGUUCCCUGUCAAGGCUGCCAGCUUGAGUGAGUUUAUGAACUCAGACACAACUUUGCUGCUCACCUAAUUCUGCAGCGAUGAAAAAUGUUCUGUGCCUUAGUUCCAGAUAGCCUGAUGUGGAAUAUUAAUACUUAACUUAUUCCUAGAGGCAUCCCAAAAUAAGUACUGCAAGGUGCUCAUAUACAGAAAUCACUGAGGUUUACAUAUAUCUAAAAGAGAUGAAUGAUGGUCCUAAAUUUUCUCUUCAGAAAUUCCAUCAUUAGGGGUCUCCUAGGUGUAAAAUACAGAAGCUGAAAGAGCAGAGUUAAAUAGUUACAGCAGAAAGUCAGCACUUAGAAUGACUGAUUGCAAAAUAUUAAUUUUUUCGAAUACAUUCCUUUCUGCGAUUGACAUGCUCCACUUGCAUAUGAAGACUGAAAUGUCAGAGGGCAGAACAGGCUCAAUAAUAACUUGCCUACCACAAAGUUCUGAGACCAAAUGCCUGUAAAAACCUGGAUCUAGGCACUAUCAUCAAGCAUGACAGCACCAGAAGAAUGAAGCAGGAGGCAGCUCUGACAGUGGAUCUCUGACAGAAAGUCCAGUGGAUUUUCAUAAGGUUUUACCUGUGUUCUUACUCCUGCACAAUCUCACAUGGAGCUACCAGAAAGGAAUAAAGGUAUUGCUGAUGCUAUGAUGAACUAAACACUUUGGUGCCUGGGACAGCCAAACUCAAAUGAAAUUUUUGAACUGGAGAAAAGAGCUGUAAAUUUAGAGCUGCAGAAGACCUUCCUCCAGGCAUGCUUUUUAGUGUAAUAUUUUGGAGAAGUCUGUGUUUGUUAUUCCAACCACUGACAUUUGAAGGCAAUGAGAUGUCUAAUCUAAUAGCAAUUUUGAACCCAAAGUUCAGUGUGGGAGGAACUGAGAAGGUACAAAAGAAUGUAAAGUUCAGGCAGCAAGUGGCACAUACAUAACAGAGAGUUAGCAGCUCUCCCAAUUCAGGGAAACAGGCUUCAGCAGGAUAACAGAAUAUAAUAAUAUAAUAGUAUAUUGAAGUAUAUAUAAUAUAGUAUAUAAUAGUGUAACACAUUUAUAUACAUAGUAUGGUAAAUAAGAGUAAGAGAAAAGGCAGGGAAGGAUGCAAAGCUGGUUUUGUGUCGCCAGCAUGACUCCCACUACUCUCAGGGAGAUGGAAUUCUCCCAUAUCUGUAUCUGUCCUCAAUCUGGAGGAGACGUACAGAACUAUUUACACUAAUUUGUCACUUCCCUUCCUCUGUGACACUUUAAACAAUGGAAGCAAGGAGGGGAAACUUCAUGGGAUGUAGAGGAAGUUCUAUCCUUGCUAAUACUGGGAAUGUUUCCCACCGCUGCACAUAUCAAGAAUGGAUUGAUCUAACCCAUAAUAAUCAGUAAGGACUAAUAAUGAAUUUGCAGCAGUUAAAUGUUUGUUACACCACUCAUAGGAGGCACUUUUUGCUCUUUUAUGCUUCUUUUUUGCAGUUAUUUUGUCUCAUUUUGAAGACAUCUCCGGUUCACUUCCAAAUAUUUUUAAAAAUGACUGAAACUCCUCUACUGAAUAUUCCCUACUCAAACCAGAGUGAAAAUCAGACCAACUCAACGGUGUGCCCAGACUUGGAUGACUGGUGGGACAUCGUGUACUAUAUAGGACCCAAGUACAUCAACACUGUCUGUGUUAUUGGUAUGCUUGGAAAUGUGUUUGUUCUCUUAAUUUAUUCACUGCACAAGGGCCCCCUGAAGAUAGCUGAAAUCUACCUUAUGAACCUUGCUGUUGCUGACCUCAUCUUCCUCAUGUGCCUCCCUUUCUGGGCAGAGAAUGUCAAAAAUGAGUUUAACUGGCCGUUUGGCAGUUUCCUGUGCCGCAGCAUCAGCGCCUCCAUCACCUUGAACAUGUACACCAGCAUCUACUUGCUCGUGGCCGUCAGCGUGGAUCGCUACUUGACCUUCGUCCAUACCUUGAACCACCGAGAGAUAUGGAGCAAAACUAUGACCAAAAGGAUCUGUUUGCUCAUCUGGUUCUUUUGCAUCCUUCUCAGCAUCCCAGCUUUCAUGUUCCGGACUGUGAAAGACUUUCCCCAGUGGAAUAUCUCAGCGUGCACUUUGGACUUCCCCAGCCCAUCAUGGGAAAUUGCUGAAAGCCUGGUAGGCAACGUGGUGGGGUUUCUGUUGCCAUCCACUGCAAUCAUCUUCCUCAAUUUCUCCACCAUUAGGUCCCUACAAAAAACAGCAAAGGAGCGAAGAGCGCUCAGAGCAAAGGGCUGCAAGAGGCACAAAGGCACAAAGGCAACCAGGCUGAUCCUCACCGUGGUACUGAUGUUCCUUUUCUGCUGGACUCCUCACCAUUUUUUUGUAUUCCUUGAUACAUUAUACCAUACAGAAGUGAUCAAAGGCUGCUUCUGGGGGGAACUGAUUAACUUUGGGGAGCAGUUUGCUUAUAUGCUGGCUAUCACCAACAGCUGCAUUAACCCCGUGAUUUAUGUCUUUGUUGGGAAAUACUUCAGGCAAAAGGCUUUAGAAGUUUUUUCACAGUUUAUUCCCUGUGGAUUUCCUUUGAGAGGGGUAUCUUUCAAAGAGAUGUCUUCAAAUUUCAGCAUGUUUCCUGUCAAGAGUAGUUUAACAUAAUGGUUCUCAGUUCUUCUUUAUUUUGAUAUUAUAACUUAUUUUAUGACACUGCAAAUAGCAUUAAAAAUUAAUAUGAAACACUCUGAUCUGGCCUUCACAGACAAAGCUAAUUAUCUAUUAAAGUAAAUUACAUGAUUGAUUGCUUAUUUUUUCCUCAGACUUGCUUUUCUAUUUCGGUGUUAUCCAUCCAAAUGCAUGUGUGAUACCAGAAUUUUUUACCAAAUGAUCUAACCUGUCAUACGUAUUAACAGUGGCUUAAAAGAAAAUUUUUUUUUACAAAAUACCAGAAAUCUGGUUUCUUUGCAGAAAGCCAUAAUGGAGGUAAAUAAUUUGUUGCAUUGCAUCUGUGAUGACAGCUGCUAUACCACCUAUAACACUAUUCAUAAAAUUACAACAGGUAUUACGGAGCAAAUAUGAGCUUAAUCUUUGGGUGAUAAGUGCAUUUAAGCAGGUAUGGGUUAACUUUGGUUAUAUUGAACAAUAUUUUCCCCCGAUUUGUAUUUUCACAGUAAGAUAUAGAGAAUUUUAAUUGUUUUUGUGGACUUUAAUUAUAUGCAGUGCAUAACUAUUUUACAAGAGGAUGUAACACAAUGAGUGUACAUAAAUUGUAAAAAAAGCAAGGUAACGCGGUAGCCUCCUUAAAACCUGACUUUUGCUGAUCCAGGAAAGUAUUACAAAAUUUCUCAUAAAGUAGUGUAAAGUUUCUUUUUAUUUUUUAUAUGUGACUAUAUCUAUUAUGGCCAUUGAUACUGUAUUAUUUUGAGGCAAAUCCUUAGGUACAUAUUUAUAUGUUUAUGAGUCAAAAUUAAUAAACUGCGUAACAUCUUA